GGGAGUGGCUUUUGGUGACCUGGGUGCGCCCUGAGCAGAGCUGCGCAACCACCGCGGCGAGCGCAUAGGUGGGAUCUGGGACAAUGGGUGUGUAGCACCGGAAGAGACUAAAGGAUCAAAGGGGAGCUUCUUGUGUGUGUCUUGAUUGUUAUUUGAUAAAAAAAAAUAAGAUGUCUGCCAGGGUCCGACCCGGCUAUUACUGCCAGGAAGUAAACAAAACUAAGUGGGAAGUACCGGAGCGGUACCGGGACCUGCGGCUGGUGGGGACUGGAGCGUACGGAACGGUGUGCUCAGCACUGGACUGCAGAACAGGAACAAAGGUGGCAAUCAAGAAGCUCUACAGACCUUUCCAGUCUGAGAUCUUUGCUAAGCGGGCCUUCAGGGAACUGAGGCUUCUCAAGCACAUGAAACAUGAGAAUGUUAUUGGCCUAUUGGAUGUGUUUACUGCAAACCUGUCUGUGGACAGAUUCGAUGAUUUUUAUCUGGUGAUGCCGUUCAUGGGGACGGAUCUGGGAAAGCUGAUGAAGAUGCAGAGGCUGUCAGAAGAAAAAAUUCAGUACCUGGUUUAUCAGAUACUCAAAGGGCUUAAGUAUAUUCAUUCUGCUGGUAUAAUACACAGGGACCUCAAACCAGGAAAUCUCGCAAUCAACCAAGACUGUGAGCUCAAGAUCUUGGACUUUGGUUUAGCGCGGCAUGCUGACAGUGAGAUGACAGGGUACGUGGUGACUCGCUGGUACAGAGCACCAGAGGUCAUCCUCAGCUGGAUGCACUACACACAGACCGUGGACAUUUGGUCUGUGGGCUGCAUCAUGGCAGAGAUGCUGCAAGGAAAACCUCUUUUCAAAGGCAGCGAUCACCUAGAUCAGCUAACUCAAAUUAUGAAGAUCACAGGAACACCAACACAGGAAUUUAUAUCAAAACUAGAAUCAGAGGACGCUAAAAGCUACAUCAGAAGUCUUCCGAAAGUUGACAAGAAAGACCUUCAGAAGGUGUGUUCAACGAGUAAUCCACAAGCUGUGUCCGUGCUGGAGCGCAUGCUGCUGUUGGAUCCAGAGAGUCGGGUAACUGCUGCAGAAGCUCUGGUGCUGCCUUACUUUGCUGAGUUUAGAGAGUCAGAUGAGGAGACGGAGGCACAGCUGUACGACCACUCGAUUGACAACGCAGAGCAUACUCUGGAUCAGUGGAAACGUCACACCUUCUUAGAGAUCUUGACCUUCACGCCUGUUUUGCCAGAUUCCAAAGAAACGCAGCUAUGAAGCAGAAAAGUGACUGCACAGAGGCGAUCGGAACAAUGUAACCAAGGCAACAAGCCUCCUGGGAAUGUUAUACGAGAUCACUGAGAAUCCAGAUUAUAAGUACAUGAACAGUAGCCUUUUUUAUUGAUCUAAAAUAAAUUAUGCAACAUUUAGCUGCAAAUACUUGCUUUUAAUUUAAGUAUUUAAUUCAAAACUGAGUAGCUGUGUGGCCAAAACAGUUUUUUUUUUUUUUUUAACACAAUCCUAAGGAUAAAGUAGUGGGACAGAUGUUUUGGAAUAUUUUCUUAAAGGCAUGAAUUAAAACACACUAGCAGCAUUUUGUAUCUUCCCUGGUGAUGCUUCUCUCACUCAUCUUCAGCUUUUGUUUGCUGUUUGGUCUUAAGAAAAUGAGUCCUCAGGAGGUGGAAUGCUGCUUGAUGAGACUGAGAUCAGAUAAAUAACUCCAGUAAACCCUCAGAGGAUUGACAAGAAAAGAUGUCUGCAUUCAGGAGAGCAAGCUUAAUUCAUUGUCAAUUUUCAUUGUGAAUCUGUUUUUUUUAUCCAUGAGAAUGUGUACCCUGGUCUGCAUUUUCCAUUUUUAUAGCUUUUUUUUACACCCACGCCUGUUGUACCCCACAGUUGUGUUUGCCAACAUUUGGAGUAGUCAUUUAUUUCUAGUCCAAGUCGGUCUAAAAGGACACAUGUGAACUUUAAAAUGAGCCAGCUACCCAACCAACCUGUCUACUUUCUGCUUAACUCUUGCAAGUGAUGUUUUGACAAUAUCACGUUUCACACACCACAUCCAACACUCAUGUAAAGUGAUUCACAGAAACACAUAGAAAGACCUUGUGAUGUUAAACACAUUUUAACAUGCUGAAACAAAGCUUGAACUAAAAAACUGUGUUUCUCUUCAGUUAUUUAUGGUCUGGACUGUUUGGGUUUUCUUUGUGUGUUAUGCUUCCUUAUAGAAUUAUUUCUUAUUUGUUGCUAAGUAUUAUUUUAAGCUAAGAACCAAUAAAAAUUUAGUCAUUUUAAUUUACUACAAUUCUUUUGAAAUGUAUUUUGUUGUAAAAUUCUCCAUCAGUGUCUGGCCCUGUCUCGAACAAGCAUUUACAUAGACUUGUGUGAAUUAUAGUGUGUGUGUAUAAUCUGUGCUUAGUCAACAUGUCAGCUGACCUUAACCAGCUGACCGGUGCCUUAAAUAUGUGUACCAAUUUGAAUCUGUUCAAUUUUCUGAAACAUAAAGUUGCACAAGAUACAUUUUCUACAGUGAUUUCUCAAUAAAAAAAUAAUAAUUCUU